UGUCAGUGCUCCAACACACUUUGUACCUCACAGUUCAAUUUGGAAGUCGGAGUGCAACGGUUCGGUGAUCGUCGCUUGCACAAUUUAUAAUCGCGCCAUACUGAUCGCUAUUAAUCUUACUACUGCGUGUACUAGCCUUUAUAAUUUGUUCUCGCGUGUGCUAAUGUGAUAUGAGAUAAUUUAAUUUGAUUUGUUUGGAUCAUAAAAAAAGUUAAUUUUAAGUUUCACAAUCGUAGUUGUUUAUCGCUGAUUUAAUAACGAACAAAGAUGUCCAAUCAGACUAACAAUGCCGACUCAUUGGAACCCGAUAAGGAUGAAUUGACUUUGGACUCGAUUUUGAUCCGUAUAGGCCAGUUUGGAAAAUUUCAAUUAAUUGUGUUUUUACUCAUCUGUGUUCCGAUGUUGUUUAAUGCAAUUUUCUCGGUGACGUAUGUCUUCACAGCUAGCAGCGUCGUGCAUAGAUGUAAUAUUCCAGAAUGUGACACUGUCGAAAGUAAAUAUAACGAGGCAUGGACUCAAUUCACCAUACCAUCAAAAGAUAACGACUUGGACCAAUGUAAUAAGUACAGAAGCUUAUCUUCGAAUGAUAGUAUGGAAGACGAUAAAUGCUAUCCGCAGUAUUUCGACAACAGCGAAACAGAAAAAUGCAACACCGAAGAUUUCAUAUUUCGGGAUAAGGAAGUCACUAUUUCAAAUGAAUUUGGCAUUUAUUGUUCAGAUGAGUGGAAACUCACACUUGUGGGCACCAUGAAUAAUGUUGGACAAUUUUUCGGCAUUCCCAUUGGCGGUUUCAUAUCCGAUAGAUAUGGACGUCGCACAUCUCUAGCACUUGGGGGCCUACUAGCUGGAAUUGUGGGCAUUAUACGUUCAGUAUCUCCCACAUAUUUAUUUUUCCUAGCAUUUGAGUUUUUGGAUAACUUUUCAUGUAGUGUUCUUUACUCGACUUGUUUUAUUGUAGGCAUAGAACUUGUGGGUCCCAAGAAGCGUGUUAUCGCGUGCAGUUUAAUAACUAUUUUUUACGCCAUUGGUGAAAUUAUAUUGGCUCUUGUUGCGAAGUACUACCAAAAUUGGCGUAUUAUGUUACGCAUACUAUACAUACCGGCAUUAGUUCACAUUCUCUACUUCUGGAUAUUGCCAGAAAGUGUGCGUUGGCUACUCAGUCAAGGGAAGGAAGAAGAAGCUAAAAAUACUUUAAAACGUGCUGCAAAGGUCAAUAAACGCAAACUUUCCGAUCAUUCACUGGACAAACUUAUAUUAGCUAAUCGGAGUAAACUAGCUUCUUCCACAGAUGGAAAAUUUCCGAUAAAAGAAGCUUUUUCUAAUUAUUUUUGGCGCAUUGCGAAUUGUUCGUUCUGUUGGAUCGUUAAUGUUCUCGUUUAUUAUGGCAUUAGUUUGAAUGCAGUGCUUUUGGAUGGCGAUAAAUACAAUAAUUUCAUGUUUAUCGCAUUAGUGGAAAUUCCCGGAUUCUUGCUGCCAUAUGUGACUAUGGAUCGAUUUGGUCGGCGCUAUUCUCUAUUCGGUUACAUGUUAAUAAGUGGCUUGUGUUGUUUAGGUACAAUUUUUUUGAGCUCAGAUGAUUUUUACACAAAACUUACAUUAUUUUUAAUCGGAAAAAUGACUAUUACUGCCAGUUUUCAAGUCUUGUAUUUCUUUACAUCUGAAAUCUUUCCAACUAAUAUUAGAAACAGCUUGCUUGCUUUUUGUUCCAUGAUGGGGCGAUUUGGUUCUAUGAUAGCUCCACAGACACCGUUAUUGGCUAAAUACGAUAAAAAUGCUCCGGCAAUACUCUUUGCUACCACUGCCAUUGCAAGCGGCUGCUUAGCACUUUUCUUCCCAGAAACAACGAAUUUAAUCCUACCAACGACGAUGCAGGAAGUGAAUGAAAUUGGCUUAAAGAAACAACCCAAAACAAUAAGUACGCCAAUGUGACCUGUAGUAUUUUAUAUAUUAUCUCUCUUCAUAUAUAAUAAUAAUAAUAAUAUACAUAUAAUAAUAAACU